CAACAGACAUCAUUCAAACUAGACCCUCAAUAGAGUUGACCGCUGUGAGAAAAAAAAAGAACCGUGUGUCCAAAAGAGGCAAACAUACGCCGUUCCUUGUACCGCGCAAUCUGAUGGAGUUUAAGCGAAAAGAAAAAAGAAGAACGCUUUGUGCACCUGAACAACUGCACACCUUUAUUUCUACUCACCUCUGUUUGUAUAAAAGAGGCCCCAUCUCGCCACCAGUUUCCUACCCUUCCCCCCUUCUUUCCAUACCCGCCCAUCGUCAUUUCAUAUUCUUAAUUCGUGGUCUUCAUAUCACUCAUAUUUUCUGGAUCGGCAUCCUGAUCUUCACUGCAUCGGAUAUUCACUCCCCCUCUCCCCUCUCCUCUUGCCCCUCUCCCCUUCCCCUUUCAAUCAUUUGCCAUACCAAUCCCCUGGACCUUUCUCUCCCUAAUUCCUUCCACAUCCCACAUCCCACAUCCCACAUUGCAGACACCCCUCUUCUCUUUCCCUACAGAUGAAUGAAAAAUCCGAUCCCAACGUACAUCCCAAGAAAUCGGCUGCUGAUCCUGAGGCCGUUGACGUGUCAGGCCAGGAUGAUCGCAUGUACACCCUCUUCAAGAAGGGCCCUGUCUCCCCACAGAACUUUGCAUGGCUGCCCUCGCGACUAUCGCUAUGGUGGCUCAAUGGCUUCUUCGCGAGAGGAUACAGGCAUCGCAUCGAGGAAGACGAUCUGUACGAGAUGCUCGACCACAACAAAUCGGGGGUACUGGCCCAUGGGCUCAUGCACCAGUGGGAACAGGAACAACAGAGGGCUGCUGCAAAGAAAAAAACGCCCUCGCUCCUCAGAGCAGUCGUCAAAACCUUCUGGGACAGGUAUUACACUUGCAUCAUUGGUCUAGAACUAGGAGACAUGUGUCAAGUCAGCAACCCACUAAUUCUUCAAAAGGUCAUCGACUUUGUCAACAGCUCUGCAUUACCCAAUCCACCGCCCGCCUGGCAUGGAUAUGGACUUGCUGUCGGCAUGGUCUGUCUGACGCUUUGUCAGAACAUUCUCUAUCAACGCUGGAACCUGGGUUCCGUGACCAUGGGUAUCUACAUCCGCGCCGCACUGAUUGACCUCGUCUUCAGGAAGGCCACUAAACUCUCGUCCCGGGCUCACCUCAUCUAUCCCGACGGCGCUAUCGUCAACCUCAUGUCCACGGAUGCCAGUCGUAUUGAUACUGCGAUGCUCUCUCUCUUGCUCGUCAUGUCCGUGCCCAUCUUCGUCAUCGUUAUCGUGGGCUUGUUGAUCCAUCUCAUGGGACCAUCUGCGCUACUCGGCGCUGCUAUCUUAAUUCUCGCGAACCCUAUUCAGGGCUGGGCCAUGUCGCGUCUAGCACCGAUCCGAAAGAGGGGCUCGCAGUUCACGGACAUGAGGAUUCGAUUGACUCAAGAAAUCUUGCAGGGCAUCAAGGUUAUUAAGUUCUUUGGCUGGGAAGCCCGGUUUUUGCAAAAGCUAUCCGAGAUUCGAAGCAGUGAGCUCUAUAAUGUCUCUAGGCUGCUCUAUAUCCGCGGAUCCGUCGCUGCCACUUCUGCGUCGUUGCCUGUGCUGGCCUCGGCCCUGUCCUUUAUCCUUUACGGCGCUAUCGGAAACGAGCUGAAGGCCGAAGUCAUCUUCCCCGCCCUGGCAUACUUCACUGUCAUGCGAACGCCGCUCAUGGUCCUCCCCUCAGCAUACACGGUCACCGUUGACGCCUACGUGGCCAUGAAGCGUAUCGAGACUUUCUUGCUCUCAGAAGAGGCCAGCCCCAUCCCGCCACCCGAUACUGACCAUGAAUACGCACUCAGCAUGAACAACGCUAGCUUCAUAUGGGACCAACUUCCAAACACGAACGGAUCGACCGACACCCUGGUCCCGAACGGCGCCAGCAGUGUAAAGAGCGAGGUGACCGCGACGGCCAUGUGCGAUGAGCCCAAGGUGGCCGAUACCUCAGCCGUCUACCUCUCAAAACUCCACCUUCAAAUCCCCCGCGGUUCUCUCGUGGCGGUCGUGGGGCCUGUCGGAAGUGGAAAGUCGUCCUUGCUACAGGCCAUGAUUGGAACCAUGACACAGACAGAGGGAGAGGUCAUUCGAGGAACCAACAUCAGCUACGCCUCACAAACCGCUUGGAUCCAGAAUGCUACCAUUCAGGACAACAUUUUGUUCGAUACGCCCUUUGAUGAGGAACGGUACAAGCGUGUGGUCAAGGCAUGCUGUCUGGAGGCAGAUCUUAAACUAUUCCCCUUUGGAGACCAGACCGAGAUUGGAGAGCGUGGCGUGAAUUUAUCCGGAGGCCAGAAGGCCCGUCUGUCGCUGGCCCGCAGCGUCUAUUUCGAUGCAGGGACCGUUAUCAUGGACGAUCCACUCUCGGCCGUCGAUGCUCACGUCGGAAAGCGUCUCUGGGUGGACUGCAUGCUGACAGAACUGAAGGGCCGAACUAGGAUCAUUGCGACCCAUCAACUGCAUGUCUUACCGGACACAGAUUAUGUGAUCUGUAUGAAGAACGGCAAGAUCGCAGAGGAGGGAACAUUUAAAGACUUGAUGGCCAAGAACGGCGACUUUUGUGCGCUCAUGGCUCAAUACGGAGGCGUACAGGCUGAGGAGCAGAAGGAGGCUGUCGAGGAAAUCGACUUUGAUGAUAUCAAACCCGACACCCCUGGCAUGUCCCCCAAGUUCUCAUCAGAUGCUGAUGGUGACAGAUCCACAGCCCUUGACGAGAAGAAGGAUAUUUACAGUAAAAAAGAGGACGGAGAAUGCAGGAAAUCUUUGGAAGCCAAGGGAGAGAGUCCUCAAAAGUUGAUGUCGGAGGAAGAGCGCGAGUCUGGCGCUGUGAAAGGAAAUGUCUAUGGUGGGUAUGCCAAGGCCUCAGGAUGGCACCUUUGGGCCAUCACUUUCGCUCUCUUUUUCUUCCAGCAGGCUGCCAACGUCCUUGGUAAUCAGUGGAUGAGUUGGUGGAGUGAAGACUACUUCAAGCUGACGACUUCAGUAUAUAUUGGAGCAUAUGCUGGUUUCGCAGUCGCACAAUUAGUCCUCGUCUUCAUGGCCUCCUUGAUGUUGUCGUACACGAUAGUCCGGACCUCCAAUGCCAUGCACGACGCCGCCUUCAGGAGGGUUCUUUACGCGCCUCUCGCAUUCUUUGACACCACUCCCAUAGGCCGUAUCUUGAACAGAUUCAGUCGAGAUGUUGACACGCUCGACAACGUCCUCUGGAGCACACUCUACGAGUUCACCAUCACGGUUGUUACUCUUAUCGGAACCAUGGUCCUCAUCAUCGUUGUCUUUCCUUGGCUCGUGCUUGCGCUUGUCCCGAUCCUCGGUCUUUACUACGGACUCUCGAUCUACUACCGCACAACAUCGCGUGAGGUUAAGCGUCUGGACUCGAAUAUGCGUUCAUACCUCUACGCCUACUUCUCGGAGUGCCUCACAGGCCUCAGCACUCUCAAGGCUUUCAACGUCGUCCAACAGAGUAUUCUGAAGAACGAAUACCGCAUUGACUUGAAUAACCGGCCCUAUUACAUGUACCAACUUGGCGCCCGUUGGUUAUCGUUGCGUGUCAACGUCCUGGGAGCAUUGAUGUCCUUCUCGACUGUUGUGCUUAUCACAGCGACACGGUUCAAGAUCAACCCGGCCUCUGCAGGUCUCGUCCUCAGCUAUCUGGCUCGCAUCUCUGGAGAUCUCAAUUGGGGAGUCCAGCGUCUCUCGACCUUGGAGAACAAUAUGAAUUCUGCAGAGCGUCUGGUACAUUAUGUCGAAAACCUUCCUCAGGACCGGCCUUCAGAGCGGCCCGAGAACACGCCUCCAGCGUCGUGGCCGAGCGAGGGCAAGGUCACUUUCAAUUCUGUUUCGAUGCGUUACCGACCAGAGCUGCCUCGUGUCCUGCGUGAGAUCUCGUUCGAGAUUCAACCAGGCCAUAAAGUCGGAGUUGUCGGGCGCACGGGUGCCGGAAAGUCUUCUUUGAUCCAGGCGCUGUUCUUGUUGAGUGACCUCGAUGAUGGACAAGUGAUCGUCGACGGGAUCGACACGACGACGUUGGGGACCAUCGAUCUGAGACCGAAGAUCGGGAUCAUUCCUCAGGAUCCGGUGCUGUUCCAGGGCACGUUUCGGUAUAACCUGGACCCCCUGGGACGACAUUCGGAACAGGAGUUGUGGCAGGUUUUAGAGACGAGCGAUCUGAAGAGCUAUGUCCAGGCACAGGAGGGAGGACUGGACUCUAUGAUCUCUGCACAGGGCGAGAAUCUGAGUGUGGGCCAGAGGCAGCUGGUUUGUCUCUCCAGAGCGCUGCUUGCCAAGUCCAAGAUCGUUGUUCUUGAUGAAGCAACGGCAAGUGUGGAUAUGGCGACGGACGCAUUGAUUCAGAAGGCGAUCCGCAUCGACUUUGCUCAGUCGACGGUAAUCACGGUCGCCCAUCGUAUCAACACCAUCAUCGACUAUGACCGAAUUCUGGUGAUGCACCAGGGCCAGGUCGCCGAAUACGAUACCCCGCGUAACCUCCUCGGCAACCCCAACUCUGUCUUCUCGAGCAUGGUUGCCGAGACAGGCGCACAAAAUGCCAGCCAUCUUCGGUCCUUGGCUGGACUUUAGAUAGCAUUCCAUCUCAUUGUCUUUCAUUGUCUUUCAUUGUCUUUUUCAUUGUCAUCACAUAACGUAUUAUUU